CAUUCACAUCUCCGCGCGGCUUGAGGCCUGAUGAACUACAUUUCCCAGGAGGUGUGGCGGCCGCGCCAUACCACUUCCGGCUGCUAAAGAUGGCGGCUUCCUAGCGAGUCGACAGCCGGGUUGGAAGGAGGUUCAGGCUACGGGAAGAAUCCUGGCUUCUCCCAUCCCUACUCCAUCUAGCCACUCAGGAGCCAUGGAGGUGGUGGAGCCCAGCAGUCCCACUGAGGAGGAGGAGGAGGAGGAAGAGGAAGAGGAGCAGUCUGCUGAGCCCAGGCCCCGCACUCGCUCCAACCCUGAGGGGGCUGAGGACCGGGCACUGGGGGCCCAGGCCAGUGUGGGCAGCCGCAGUGAGGGUGAAGGUGAAGCAUCCAGUGCUGAUGAUGGGACCCUCAACCCCCCAGGAGCCGGCCCCAAGCCCUGGCAGGUGCCUCCACCAGCCCCAGAGGUCCAGGUACGGACACCAAGGGUCAACUGUCCAGAGAAAGUGAUCAUCUGCCUGGACCUGUCGGAGGAAAUGUCAUUGCCAAAGCUGGAGUCAUUCAAUGGCUCCAAAACCAAUGCCCUCAACGUCUCCCAGAAAAUGAUUGAAAUGUUUGUGCGGACAAAACACAAGAUCGACAAGAGCCAUGAAUUCGCAUUGGUCGUGGUGAAUGACGACACCGCCUGGCUGUCCGGCCUGACCUCUGACCCCCGUGAACUCUGCAGCUGCCUCUAUGACCUGGAGACGGCCUCCUGCUCCACCUUCAAUCUGGAAGGUCUCUUCAGCCUCAUCCAGCAGAAGACGGAGCUGCCAGUCACAGAGAACGUGCAGACGAUUCCACCACCAUACGUGGUCCGCACCAUCCUCGUCUAUAGCCGUCCACCCUGCCAGCCCCAGUUCUCUCUGACGGAGCCCAUGAAGAAAAUGUUCCAGUGCCCGUAUUUCUUCUUCGAUGUUGUCUACAUCCACAAUGGCGCUGAAGAGAAGGAGGAGGAGAUGAGCUGGAAGGACAUGUUUGCCUUCAUGGGCAGCCUGGAUACCAAGGGUACCAGCUAUAAGUAUGAGGUGGCACUGGCUGGGCCAGCCCUUGAGCUGCACAACUGUAUGGCCAAACUGCUGGCUCACCCACUGCAGCGGCCCUGCCAAAGCCAUGCCUCCUACAGCCUGCUGGAGGAAGACGAUGAAGCUACUGAAGUUGAGGCCACUGUUUGAACCAUCCCCGUACAGCCAACCAUCUUGUACAAUGAAGCCCUGGCCUAGGACUCUGGUUCUUAAACUAGGCUAUGGAUGACCGCCAGAUGGGGUUUCCAAGAGGUACCCAAGGCACCUGGGGAGCCCUGAAGGAUACCCAGAUUUCCAGGAAACAUCCCAGGGACUCUAGGCACCCCUUCCUCAUGUUUCUCAGCCCACAUCCCACCCCCAGUUCUUCAGUUGUAAUUUUUAUUGUUCCCUCUGUGAGUUUUGACAUCAAAAUAAAAAUCUCAGAAUCUCUAA